AUAAUCAAAGACACAAAAUUUAUGAGGAUCGGUAAUAUGCCUACGUCCACAGGAGUACCAAUUGAAUUUUUUACUAUCACAGUGUGAAACUUACAUCAAGCUUAUCAAAUUAGGGUUACAAAAUAUGAUUAAAUACUAACCCUAUAUGUCUAGAAGACUUAACUACAUCUAAAUUACUUCUGUAGCAAUUUUUUGGUUGAAAAUCCUUCAAAAUCUCCCAAUCUACUGAUGUCCCGUUCAAAAUCCGUAAUCUGCUCCAAACGAAAGCCAAGAGCAAUUCCUCGCAGAUUGAACUGAAAGCGUCAACGAUUACUGCAACCUUCUCUUUUGUUCUUGGCUUCACGAUACUUUCCUAGUGAAUGCGUUCCACUCAAAUAUGAGCCAUAUUUCCGAGAGUACUUUAAAGUAUUAUUUUGAAAAUAAGAUGUUUAUCUUAAUAACAUAUUUUUAUUUAUUUAUGUUAUAAUUUUUUAAAAAAAAUAUGAUUUAUUACCAAAUGGAUUGAUUUAAUUUAAAGCAACUAUUUAAUAGUUUGGGCAACCAAAGCCAUCUUAAAUUGGCAUACCAUGCCUUUUCCUCUCCCGCGGCCACCACAAUUCAACUUUAGGAACAGAGUUGUUAUCUUUAUCAAUGGCGAUAAGUGAAUGACGAAUCAUGACGAGUUCUCAGAGAGGACCAAAGCGUUUUGCUAACGCAAAUUGCGUGAAUUUUUAAACCCUUCCCAUCUUUCUCUGAUCUUUUUGUCGUCUUUCCUCGGCAAUUUUACCAUUUCCUCGUGGGAAAAAGGCAAAAUAAAAAUCUCAGAUUCAUGGAUUCUUCCGGAGAAUGUGUCAAAAUGGGUGUUGAAUUGAUCAGCAUGAUUGAAAAUCUCUCCUCCCUAAUCCAUAGAUUUCCUUCAUGAGUCAUUAUUACCUUCGUUGCCAAAUAUAGAAAAUCUCUGCACAGUACGCCUAGCAAUUCCGCCCACUCCACGUCUAACACUUGGCCACCAGCAACCCAUUCCACAUCUCUCACUCACCCUCGUCACCACCACCGCUCAUCUACAUCUCUCUCUCUCUCUGGCAUUACCCAUUUCCUCAAUUCGUCAGAAUACUCAAGUCCGAGUUCAAUUUUUUCUGUAAAUUCUUUGCGCACUCGCUCGGAAAAGAAGAGUUUGCAUUGCCCAUAUCUCUGUUCUUCUUGUGCGGGUAGAAGGAAUCGACGACAAUGAUGGCGCGGGGAGAAAAUGCGUUCUCUAGGAUCUCUGACGACAUGCUCGUCAGCAUCUUCUUCAAGCUUGAACACGAUCCACGAGACUGGGCAAGGCUGGCCUGCGUCUGCACCAAGUUCUCCUCCCUCGUUCGCAGCGUCUGUUGGAAGACCAAAUGCUCUGCCGCCAUCCCCUCCGUCGUCUCAGAUCUCCUCUCCGCCUCUCCCGCGUCUCCCGGGGGCGACUGGGCCGCCCUCCACAAGCUGGCCAUCUGCUGCCCUGGCCUCCUCCAUGCCGGCGUCCUCCUGGAAAACUCCGAUUUUGGGCUCGAACGCGAGCUAGGCUCCGACGAAAAUUACCAAAAUUUGGGGUCGUGUCGGUCGAAUUGCUCCCAAAUAUCGUCGACUUCGACCCCCGUUGACGCUAAUUCGGAAGCGGCGGCUUCUGGAUCCGAUUGUCCGUGGUCUUUGUUUGAUGAUCUUUACUUUGAUACUGUUUGCAGUGUUCCCGAAACCCAAGAUGCUACCCAAGUAAGCGUAAACGCCGGGACGGGCAUAACUCGCGGCGUUUCUGUUUGUAAACGGAAGAAGAUUUGUCGAUCUAUGAGAUCGCAUUUGGCUUCUGGGGUUUGGAAUUUGAGUCGCGAGCAGGGGAAUAAGCUGCUUGCAAGUCGUUUCAGGGGAGAUUGCCUUUACAUCUGUGACUGGCCUGGAUGCGUUCACGUCGAAGAGAAGCGGAAUUACAUGCUCUUCAGGGGAAUUUUCAAAAAUUUCAAGCGAUCUCGGGUGUGGAGGGCUAUAAACGAUGGGAAUCGGAGCAGAAUCAAUCUGAAUUGUGCGUUUUGCCCUUGCAAGGAAACUUGGGAUCUGCACUCUGCCUUUUGUUUGAGGCGAGUUUUCGGGUACCAUGACGACGGCGAGCCAGUUGUUCGAGCUUAUGUCUGUGAGAAUGGGCAUGUCUCUGGUGCUUGGACGGAUUGGCCACUGUACACUUGACACUGGCCUUUAUCUAUAUAUAUCUGGGUACUGUUGAUGUUUCUUCCUGCCUCCUUUUUUUUUUAUGGUCUUCUUAUUUGCUUGUCUGUAACUUUGAAAAUUGAGGGAAAAAGUAUUGGUAUUUAAACCUCAGCAUAUUUAUGAUCUUUAUGGUGUAUGAAGAGAUUGUUAUAUAUAUGUAUUAACUUUGUUUUGAAUUCAAUUGAAGGAGUUUGUUGUUUUAA